AUUCGGCGUUCUGGAACGCGAGAUGCCAAGCGGAGCUAGCCGACCAGCUCGCCAAGACGCCCAUCGUGAGCCAGGCCAAGAACGUGAUCGUCUUCCUCGGCGACGGCACCGGCAUCGCCACCUUCACCGCCGCCAGGCUCCUCAAGGGCCAACGCUCCGGCAAAUACGAGCUCGAGCAGUCCGCUUGGGAACGCUUCCCCUUCUCCAGCAUCAUCAAAACCUACAACACGAACAUGCAAGUCACGGACUCGGCCGCCAGUUCCACUGCGUACCUCAAUGGGGUGAAGGGUAAUCAGGCGACCAUCGGAGUGGACGCCAACGUCUUGCUAGGAGACUGUCUGGCCAUGAACAUCGAGCAGUUCCAUACCGAGUCUGUCCUCAAGAACUUCCAGGACGCUGGUCGGUCCACGGGCAUCGUGACGACGACACGAGUGACUCACGCGUCCCCCGCCGGCAACUACGCGCACAUCGCCGAGCGACACUGGGAGAACGACAAUGAUAUCGAAGAUUAUAACGGCGACCCAGACGCGUGCGAUGACAUCGCUGAGCAGCUUGUGCUCGGCAACACCGGCUCAAAAAUCAAGGUGAUCAUGGGUGGAGGUCGCAAGAAAUUCCUACCCGAGGACGCCGUAGAUCCUGAGGGUGAGACUUCUGGCAGGCGAAAGGACGGCCAGAAUCUCAUCGACACGUGGAUCAACCAGAAGAACCUGCUGGGAACGAACAGCUACGUGUGGAACAGGAGCGAGCUGCUCGCAGUGGACACGGCCAAUACUGACUAUCUCUUAGGUUUGUUCGACUACAGCCACAUGGAGUAUCGCGUGGACAACGAUGCCUCCAAUCCAACCUUGUCUGAGAUGACACGAGCAGCUAUCGAAGUCUUGCAGCGGGACGUAAACGGCUUCUUCCUUUUCGUGGAAGGAGGCCUCAUAGAUACAGCUCAUCACCUGAACGAGCACAGGUCAGCCGUCGAAGAGGCCUUUGAGUUCGAGAAGGCCGUUGAGGUGGCCGUGUCAAUGACGGAUGUUCAAGACACUCUCAUCAUCGUCACGGCGGACCACUCACAGCCAAUGACCAUCAACGGAUACCCUAGCAGAGGCAGCGAUAUUCUGGGUCUGGCAUCGGUGUCGGACGUGGACAACAUGCCCUUCACGACGCUCAUGUACACCAACGGCCCCGGCUUCAGGGAUCAGAAGAAUGACCUCAGGCCCAACCCCGUCGACGAGAAUUACGAGGAUCCUCACUACGUGGCGCAGGCGACGGUGCCCAUGGUAGAGAGCAACCACAACGGGGAAGACGUCAUCCUAUACGCGCGUGGCCCCCACGCGCACCUCUUCACGGGGAUCCACGAGAAUGCGUACAUUCCCCACGCGAUCAGGUACGCUGCCUGUGUCGGGUCGGGCUUGAGUUUCUGCAGCGCUGAUGCCUGAAGAGAAACUAUCGUCUAAAUAUCGUCAAUUGCCGGACAUCAGAGCGGAUAACAAACUAACGCAGAAGUAUUGUCAAUUGCCGGACAUCAACUAGGAUAAGACAAACUAACGUCGAACUAUCAUCAACAGCUAGACUUCAGCUCGGAUAAUUCGCUCGUUAAUUUUUAGUAGUAAAUAAAACCCAGGAUUUCGUGUGCCAACGCUGUCGAAUUUUAUUGUAAAUAUUUAAUAUAUGUGUAUAAAUUAUCUCUUACAUCUCGCCUUACGUUUUUGUUCAGUGUGAAUAAGCUCUGAAUCAGGUUCAGAGUGAAUCAAAAAUCGUGUUUAGCACGGUUCACUCAUACGCGACUGUAGUAUGAAGGUUUUUUCAACCAGUUAUUGGGAUAACGAAAAUUUAUAAAUAUUGCAUUCCUUGUCCCAAUAUCAAUUCAUAAAAAUUUUCGGAAUAAAGUUCUGCCAU